UUACAUACUCUCGUUUCUCGUCCGUCACCAAACAAUCAUGGCGGACUACCGAGAGGCGCCCUUGGCUACUCGGCCAAAAACACUGGACCCAAAUGAAUAUUUCAAUCUUUCUCCGGACUACAGGCGUGCAGAGGAGGAGCGGGCAGCACUGCGGGCCAACCUAAAGAGGCAGUACCAGUUGCAGCUGAACAACCCGCACAGGACCGAGCUCAUUGAAGACCCUGCCCUGACGAGGUGGGUGUACGCACGAGCCAAUCCGUACCCUCACUUCAGACCCACAAAGAAGACUUCUCUGCUUGGUGUAAUGUUUGGAGUGGUGCCUCUGUUUGCCCUCUACUACAUCUUCAAGACAGACAGGGAUAAGAAGGAGGAGAUGAUUAAGGCCGGAACCCUCAAUCGCAAGUUCAGUUUAUCGUAUUGAGCUUCAGUACAGAAAGUUCCUCCUGUGACAUCCCCGAAAUGUUGUGUGUAAUUAUAAUUAAAAAAAAUAAAAUAAAAUAUUAUUGUUCAACA